AUGAGCAAAUAAUUGCUCAAAGAAUAAAUUAAAUUCGGACAAUGUGAUCCUAAUCUAUUUAAAUAAUUAAAAAUAGUAGAAGGUAUUGAAAAUGAUGCUGCUAUUGAACUCUUAUCCAAAAGAGCAACAUUAAUGGAAAUCAAAAAAGAUAAAACUGUAAAUAUUGAUGAUCUACAUUACUAUAAAUUAUUGUUUGGUGACAUUAUAAUUAGAGACAAUAAAAUUAUUGCAUUAUAGCAUAGUGACAUAAUACUCAUAAAUAAAAGAUUGGUUGAGUAUUUUCAAUAGGAAGAAAAGUAAAGAAAGAUUGAGAAUUCUAUAGACAUUCUCUUAGAAAUAAGUAUAUUUAAAGGUUUGAGUUAUCUUCAGUUGAAAUAAUUAAUCAACGAGAGUUCUUUUAUAAAGCUUAAUGAAAAUAGAAUCAUAUUUCAUUAAGGAAUUAUACCAACAGAUUGCAUAAUUCUUUUAGUAGGAUAAUUGUAAUAAUUUAAAAGUACAGAAGGAAUAGAGUUAGUUCUAAAUUAAAAUAGGAAAUAUUUUGCAAUUUAUGAGUGUCUUAACUCAAAACCUAUGUAAUAUAAUGUAAAAACUAUCUCAGAAUGUUCAUUAAUUAAAAUCAAUAGAUAAUCUUUAUUAAAAUUAGAAUUAGAUUUAAAAGUGAAAAAAGAGUUGAAUAUUGAUUUCACUUAAUUCAAAAUGGAGAUUAUAAGAAAAAAAGAAUGGUUAAGAUUUAAAACAAGUAAGUGAUUAUCAAAGAUUUUAAUAGAAGUAAUUGAAGAUGCCAAUAAGGAUUUAGAGAAAAGAAGAUUAUUACCUAAAUUAAGGACUUAGAGUUAAUAUUGA